AGGGAUGGGGUCUGGAGGGAUGGGGCAGGUGAUGCUGGUCCGUGAAUGGAAACCCUGGAUCCCGUUUACAGCUUGAAGUUGGAAUGUGAGAAGCUGAUGAGUGAGAAGACAGAGAUGCAGAGACAUUAUGUCAUGUACUAUGAGAUGUCCUAUGGCCUGAACAUCGAAAUGCACAAGCAGGCAGAGAUUGUCAAGAGACUGAGUGCCAUCUGUGCCCAGAUUAUCCCCUUUCUGACACAGGAGCACCAGCAGCAGGUCCUGCAGGCGGUGGAGCGGGCCAAGCAGGUGACCAUGGGAGAGCUCAACAGCAUCGUUGGACAGCAGCAGCUUCAGCACCUCUCCCACCACGCAUCCCCGCUCCUGCUGACACCCCACUCCUCCAGCAUGCAACCUUCUAGCUUGAGCGGGGCCAGUGGCACCUUGGGGCUCCUGGCCAUCUCGGGGGCACUGUUGGCACAGUCUCAACUGGCCACCAAGGAAGACAGAGUGGCCCAGGAUGGGGAGAACAAAGGUAAGGGGAAGAAGCAUAGCUGGAUUAACCUUUCAAAGGCUGGCUGAGUCAGUGCUGGGCAGCCUGCUGCAGGGAUCCUGCUGCCUGCUCUACCUCUUUUCUCAGUACUCCUCAGUGCCUGGCUGCUGCAGCUCAAGGGAUGGCAGAUCCAGCUCAUGAAAUAUGUGCAGACCCAGGAGUUUGGCUCCAUUUUUGACCUUGGAACUGCUGCCAUGCAGUGACGGUGUGUGACAGUGGUGAGGGUGGCUGUGUUUGCACCCCUGACACUGGGCAGCAGGGCUCUGGACACAUCUCCCUGCUCCCCUGGGUGUUUCCAGUGUAUGAGGGUCCCCCCCUCCAUGAGGCAGCUGGGAGGGUGUGAGGUCCUCGUCACAAAGAAACCUUCUCUAAUUACACUAGGGUUUACACCAAGUAAAGAUUUGAUGCCCAAAGCUGAGACUUCAAGGGAAACUACUGUUGUAAGCCCCUGGUAGAAACUAUGGGAACCACAAAUCUGGGGCAAGGAAUUUAGAAACCAGAGCCUAACUGCAUGUGUGGUGCCAUGUAAAUUGCAUUAAUUCCUAGUCCUUAUGGGUGCCUCCUCCUGUCAGGAUCACAACGUGCCUUACAAACAUCAUCAAUAUUUAAUCAUCAUAAAAUCAGUGCUCUGAAUGCUAUUGCAGGACUGGGCCAAAUUAGUAAUGCUGCCCAGCUUUGCUUGUGACCUACUGCUGCUGAAGUGCUGCACAAAGGAGAAGCUGCUCUGAGCUCAAGUCACCUUUUGCAGAGUGCAGGAAUUGGGUAGUUGUGCUGAGAGGGAGACUGGGGCAAGAACAGGGGCUCCAGGCAUCUCUAUGGGCUAGAAACAGGCAACCGAAUUUAGCAGCUGUAGUGAUGCUUCUCUGCAGAUUUCCCUGGGAAAGGUGCUGACUGAAAUGCACUUGGGACAGGACCCAACAGCAACAGCAAAGCUGGGC